UGCUUCACGUGCAAAGUCUCGAUCUCUCAGCCAAAUUGAAAGAAAACCUUGUCCAUUGGGAAGAUGGACAGUUCGCCUGUAGCCCUUCCGCGAAGACUAGUAUCUCAAAAGAAGUUUGUUAAUGCCAAGCACUCCCAUCAGCUUUCUGUUGAUUCACCGUUAUAUGACGCAUCGGAAGAGGACAACACAGAUGAUGGUUCUUCCAUUGGGGCAGCUCAGUGGCCGCGAGGUUCAGCAGGAUCAUCAUCCCUGAUACAAGGUCGCGUCGGUCACAGAUCGAGGGGCGGAAUAUCUGGACAACUAGGGUAUUCGAGCCGCUUGGCACACAUACAGGACGCCGAUAGUGGGCGCGAUAGUCCCACAUAUGAUGGUGACGUCGAGUCCACCAUUCCGCCAUCGUCCAAAUCUCAACACCCGGCAACCAGCACCACCGUGAGGGUAACCGCCGCAGCAGACGAAGGCGAAUCUACCGCAUCAUCCAUCUCCAUUGGGCUCAACGUCACCGCUCCAACAUCUCCAGUGUCCUCCACAUACCCUGACCCCCCCUCAUCUGCAGUGUCAAUAGGAACUCAAGAUGCAGAAUUCUCUCCCGUUGAGGUAGACGAAGACCUCGCGAUUUCAACUGUCUCCACGAACAGGCGGAGCAGUGGCAAUGCUAAUGUAUUGCCUGUCGCCCAUGCUCCCGGGCAGCCGUCUCCAAAUGUGCAGAAAGCUACACCAAGGAUGCGAGAUGUGGGAUUGCCUCAGUCCGUAUAUACAGCUCCUGACAGUGUGGGGCGACCUGCUCUCGUCUCGUCGAGUCAGGCUGAAACGCCAUUGAACACGGGCGCUCUAACCCCAGGAGAUAUACGAAAGUUUGUGCAGCGUGCGAUUGCCGGGGAAGAACACCGAAAUUACAAAAUCAACUCGCCUCCAGUGGGAAGACCUGUCAGAAUAUAUGCAGAUGGUGUUUAUGACGUUUUCCACUUUGGACAUGCCCUACAACUCCGCCAGGCCAAGCUUUCGUUCCCUUCCGUUCACCUCAUCGUUGGGGUAUGCUCCGAUGAACUCUGCGCGCAACUCAAGUCUCGCACUCUCAUGUCUCACUUCGAACGACUUGAGUCAGUUCGGCAUUGUCGUUGGGUAGAUGAGGUCGUUCCAGAAGCGCCAUGGGUACUCGACAACAGUUUUCUCGAAAAGCAUACAAUCGAUUAUGUGGCCCACGAUGAGGACCCAUAUGCGGGUUCAGGCGGAACAAAGGAUAUCUACCAAUUUAUUAAAGACCAAGGGAAGUUUCUUCCAACACAGCGGACCCCUGGCAUUUCGACUUCAGACGUCAUCGAGCGCUUUGUCGUUUAUUAUCGUCAGGGCGAGUUUGAUGAUAAACUUGAGAAAAUGGGUCGUGGCGAGCUACGUGCUCGCGAGUCACAGCAUGGCGACAGUCGAUCGCCGGAUGACACAAAUCCCGUCACAACAGGGUUAAGCGUUCACUGAAACUUAGCCGUUAUUUGGAGUAGGUCCCUUGUUGGGACUCAUUGACAUAUUGUGUGAUAUUGGCCCGACCGUUCACGAACCCAUAUGUACAUACUUUACGAAUUGAAGACAGUUAUACAAAGUGACUUUGACG